AUGGGCGGCCAAAAGAUAGCAACCAAAACCGGCGCAGGUGCAGUUAAUCGGCUUCGUUUCGCCAAUACGGACAAUAGCCGCUUGGCCUUGGCCUCCUCGGAUGGCACAAUCUCCAUUUGUUCUGCCCGGCCCGGUGGUGAACGCGGUGUGUUGCACGUGCUGUUUGGCGGUCACGAACCAGCCUCGCCUAUCACCGAUGUCGUCUGGUCGUUCGCGAAUGACCUCCUAGUCAGUACUGCACUCGAUGGCUCCGUUUGUCUGUGGGAUACCGAAGGUGGCAACUUGCGACGAAUGUAUCCCGCUUCGAGCGUGGAUGUCGGUCCUGUAUUGGUGUGCGCCUUUCAGCCGCUAAACUACAACUUGCUUGUGGUCGGUGGUGCAUGGGGUCGAAUUCAAACACUGAAUUUGUCAACAGGUAAACUGAUUAAAAAAGGACGUGAUCAAGUUCACUCAACUGGGUACCGAACUACAAAGUCCAUGUCACUGGAUUCGGUCAAAUGCACCGGACAAGGUUGCAUUUUAGCCCUCACAUUCGAUCAAGGCUCGGGUACAAUUCUGUGGGUUGGAACGGACCGCGGAGUGAUCCAGUCCUAUUCGUGUCAACCGGCCACCGGUCAUUUGACGCGAUGUCAUCAUGCACCAGUGUUAGACGUGGCAAUUGGUUGGGAUGAGACUGUGCUAGCGUCCGCGGACGAAAGUGGUUCGGUCAUUCUCUGGCGCCAUGAAGAACUCUUACCGGACCAUUAUUGA